AUGGAGAGGCUAUGGAAUGCCUCAAAAGGUUCGAAGAAAGAUUCAAGUCAUGAGAUGACCCGGAGCAGCUACUCACUAGUGCCUUCUGGUGAAGUGACUCUUGAUACGUUGCAACUAUGGGUGGGCCUGCCAGAGGAAGUGAAAUAUGAUCCAGAGUUGAAGAAUUUCAGAAAUAUGUACGAGAAUAUAGGUAAAUCAGAACUUCGACCAGUAAACCAGAAGAAUGGUUCAGAACGCAGAGCGAAACGAUUGCCACUGGUUUUUUCAGCGCCGCUACUUGACGGCAAAGACUACGCGGGGACUGAAGAAAAAAUCACAAACGACUGUACCAACAAUGAUGGUGGUGCCGCGAUACAGAUUUUGGAGCAUAAGGGUGAUACCCGCGUCCAACCGGCCAGUGGAUCACAAACGAAGAUAAAGACGGCGAAAUAUUAUACAAAGAUGGCUCUAUUGCUGGGAUGCUGGAUAUUUUUCACAGUCGUAUUCUUAAUGUUCAAUGAAAAGAAGGAAGUUUACAAGAACACCGCCAUCACCCCGGGAGAAGUUAAGAAUUACACCAUCAAUGCGUCUGAAAUACAUUCGAUACUAGUGAGGAUAUCGGGACCAUUUCUUUCGGAGCAGGCGGAGAUAAAAAUGAACUCGAGCGAAAUGGAAACGAAGGAGAAGUUGAUUGUUUGGUUGGAGAAAUGGCCAAUAACUGAUAAUAGCUCUAUGCUAAUAGAAAAGGCGUCAAACUUCAGAAUAAUCAUCCUGCAGGAUCCAGAUCUAAACUUUAAUAAAGAUGAACCUAGGGCAUUGAAAUUUGAAUUCGGACGAUCAACCAACGACACAACGCACGCGGUCCAUAUGCGCACUAAGACCAAUAGAACCGUAGCGUUCGCCAUGAGUUUGACAUCGGACCCGCUAGAUGUCAGCACUGGUGUCAUAUACGCUUGCUUCUUGCUGGAUGGAUUGUACGUAUUGAUUAUAUUUGAGGUGAGAUUUUGA